AUGGAGGAUUUGAGGAAGCUGCCAUACUUGCAAGCAGUUGUGAAGGAGACGCUGAGAAAAGAGUCCAUAGCGCCGCUUGCAAUACCACACGAAACUGUGGAGGAGUGUAAGGUGAUGGGCAUCACCAUCCCAGCGAAAUCAUCAUUGCUUUUUAAUCUGCACAGCGUCUGCAACGAUCCUGGAGCAUGGAAAGAGCCCGAUCAGUUUAUGCCGGAGAGAUUUCUGGGUAAUAUGGAUUCUGACAAGGUGAGAAUGUGGUAUCUACCGUUUGGAGCCGGAAGACGAGUAUGUGCUGGAAUGGACCUUGCUAACGUUCAUGUUCCCAUCACUCUGGCCAAUUUAUUGGUUAAAUUUGAGUGGACAUGUGUGAAGGAAGGGAAUCCUCCAGACCUAACCAGGCAUAUUCCUUCCUUCAUCUUGGAAAUGAAAUAUCCAUUGGAGGCUCGCAUAACUUACCGUUAG